UGGUGUAGUUCGUGGUGCUGUGAUUAUAGCGUGACACUAAUGUCAUUUUCAUAUAGUAGGACCUCAUGUUAGUUCAUAUAGAUGCAGUAUUUUUUAAAUAACUUGAUAUCAAAUAAAGUGGCAAUAGACAAGUUUUAAUUUUUGUUUCAAUCAAAAAAUUAUAAAAGUAAAUAUCAGUUGCACAAUGUACUGUCUGCAGAAUACAGACACCAUACACUGGUUCCCUUCAAGCCUCACUUUCCCCCGUCAGUUGGUACAGUCUCCUGGGGAAAUAAAGGCUUGAUUUGGAAUUAAAACCCAUUGUGUUCUGGGCAGCGUUUGCCUACUCUUUUCCAAUCAAAGCUAGCCCCUAGCUCCAAAAGUCUUCAUCAUCGCUCAUUCAUUUUCAUAAAGCCUGGUUUGUGUCGUCUGCAGCGAAGGAGAGACUGCACAUUGCCAGAGGAGGAGACUCUCAAAGGGUGGCUUUGUAAAUGGUUUACAGUAAAAACAUAUUUGAAUUUAUUCUUGCAUGAUUGUCUGUAAUAAUCACUGAGUUGGUGGCUGGUAGUAGGCUCUAAAAUAAAAAGUUGUCUUGCUUACAGCGAGGAGAGGGAGGUGUUUAAAAGUUUUCUAUUUCCACUUUAAUAAGCCGAAUAUAUAUCAUUAGUGUAUAUAAUAAAUAAUAGCAUAGAAAUGUAUAUUCAUAGGUCACAGAAAUAAAAAAAUGACACUAACUCUUGAUUGCAGACGAAUUAUGGAGAGUUUCUCUAUUGAAGUACUACACGUACAUGCCAGGUGGUGUGCUCGAGUGGCCCUUCUGGACGAAGCUGAUCAUGGUGGCUAUCGGCCUCACAGGCGGCCUCAUCUUCAUGUACGUCCAGUGUAAAGUCUACCUGCAGCUGUGGCGCCGCCUCAAGGCCUUCAACCGCAUCAUCACGGUGCAGAACUGCCCUGAGAAGGACGUGCACCACCCUCCGCCCCGACACAGCACCCAGACCGAAGGCAGGCAGGGGACGGUGGAGGUCCCCAUCAGCCCGGCCCCCUCCCCGGCUCCAGAGGCUCAGCAGUCGGACUCUGAGAUGUCGGUGGAGGAUGCGGUGGCGCCGGAACAAAACCCCGUCUGACCAAAUCUGCCCACGCUCACAGAGAAUCACACGCUGCUCAUCACACACGGUGAGCAGAGCGUGGUUUUUAGACCUCAGCGAUGUUCAUUUCUGCUCCGUGAUGACUGAUCUGGAGUCAGGGACUGAUUUAAUCUCCCUCAGGGUCCACUGAAAAGCUAAAGGGACGCGGAUGUGCAAAGUAACAAAGAGAAGAGUAGGUGAGGAGAUGUGAAGGAAAAUAAAGCCACCUGCGAGAGAUUCCGUAAAGACUUCAGUUGCUGCGAUAUUGAGAUUUAUUCCUGUAUGCACUUUACUGCACUGACAUGAUUUAAAGGUGAGUUCACCCUGAGGAUGCUAUUAAAGGUCUCGGUAUUCUUCAAACAAACCAACAUACCCAGUAGGGUACGUAUACCCUACUGCUUAGAAAAGGGAGCUUCAUUCAGCUGUGAGUGCGACUACAAACACAAUUCACAAAAGCUAGAUUUCUCUCUCGACAGACAUUAACGGCAUUAGACAUGAUAUUUUUAGGCACAUGUGAAAGCCGCUUCAGAUGCUGAGGAUAAUCCGACCAGGGUUUUGUUUGAAGCAUACUGAUGCCUUAACUCUCUUUCAGGACUUCAGACACCAAAGAGUCAAGAUGCGAUAAGUAGAAAAAUAUUGUCUAAACAGUAUGUAAAGCUCAGUGUUAAAAUCUGAAGAUGUAAUGUUUUUGAAAAAGCUGAUUUGAUUUAUUAUCAUAGGCCAGGUUUGAAGAUUUCCUAAUUAGCUAAUCUCAAGUAGCCCAGUUGUUGAUGAUUGUGUUUUUGCACUCUGCAGCAUCUAGACUUAACACACAGUGUGAGUCAGUAACAAGUAUACACAGAAAGAGGCGAAAUGUUGUUCACACCUACAGGUUUAAUUUUUUUUUUUUUAAAUCUGUCAGGUCACAGAAAAUAACAUGUUCUCUGUCUUAUGGCUACCACAA